UUUCUUUUUUCGCUCGACCCACCUUUUUUUUUUGCUGUAACUGGAACGUCGUUCCUCCACAUCGUAUCAGAAAUGAAUCAGCAAGGUGCCGCUGCUGGCUGGGGUAGCCUGGCAAACGAUGCCCAACAACUGCAACAACAACAACAAUCGCCUGCAUAUAGUGGAGAUGACAGUGACGAAUAUAGUGACUAUUGCUCUGACGAAGAAGAAUCUGACGAUGACGCGCCACUUGCCAUCAGCUCGUGGGGCGAACAAACGACGACCAAAGAAGGAACAACAGAAUACAAUGUGUCUGCCGAAGGCUGGGCGGCGCUCAUUGAUCCCAAUUUCAAAUUGGGACCAGGUGGUUUGGGUUCAGGCAACCUUCACCGCAAAGGUGGCAACUACCGACCUGUUGACGAAGAGUAUAUUUUGAAUCAUCGAUUAAAGAAAGGUGGACCCAUGCCUGGUGGAAAGAAGAAGAAGAGAUCCAAAAAACCAAACUCCUCUACACCUCCAGUAUCAUCGUUUUCAUCCAAUAGUCGUGGCCGCGGUCGAGGUCGAGGAGGAGCACCACAUCUACCAUCAUCAAGACCAUCGUCAGCCAUGUCAGCACCAAGUCGUUACACACGCCAACCUCCGGCGAAUAACGCGUGGGGUGGCAGCCAGUUGACAGAUAAGCCGUUUUGGGAACAGCCUGCAUCAGCAGCAGCUCCACCUCCACCUCCACCUACCAAUUACCAGGCUGGCGCAUCUGCUUCGAAAUAUGCACCCGCUGGCGGAUCAUCGGCUUCGAGAUACGCGCCUCAACCUCAACAACAACAACAACAACAUCAACCACCGUUACCGCAACAGUGGGGCCAGCAACAGCAACAGCAACAGCAGCAGCAGCCACCACCACCACAACAACAAUGGGGCCAG